GCGGCCCCCCGCCCCAUGGCGGGCUGAGCGGGGGGGGGGUCCGGGCGGGCUCGGGGUGCGGGGAGGGGGGGGGAAGGGGGGCAUGGCGGGGUCCUUCGGGCACUACACGCACGCCGUGGUGCGGGCGCUGCCCCCCACGCUGGGGGAGGAGGAGGGGGAGGAGGGGGCGGGCGGGGGGCCGGGGGGCGCCCCCCCGGACCCCGCCAAGGCGCAGCGGCAGCUGGGGGUGCUGGCGGGGGUCCUGCGGCAGCGGCUGGCGCUGCAGGUGCUGGCGCUGCCCCCCGCCCCGGGGGGGCUCCGCGCGCUGCUGCUCGAGGACCUGGCGGUGGUGCAGGGGGGGGCGGCGCUGCUCACGCGGCCCUGGCGCGCCGCGCGCCGGCACGAGCUGGGCAGCCUCCGGGCGGUGCUGGAGGAGCUGAACCUGCGGGUGCUGACGGUGACGGACGAGGGGGCGACGCUGGACGGCAGCGACGUCCUCUUCACCGGGCGUGAGUUCUUCGUGGGCAUCUCCCCAUGGACCAACCACCGCGGGGCCGAGGCCGUGGCCGACGCCUUCAGGGAUUUCACGGUCUCCACGGUGCCGGUGGGGGGCGGGGGGCACCUGAAGAGCUUCUGCAGCAUGGCCGCCCCCGACACCAUCGCCAUCGGCAGCAGCGACGCCGCCCGCCGCGCCCUCAGGGCCAUGGAGCAGCUCUCUGACCACGCCUACAAGCGGCUCUCGGUGCCCGACGACCCGGCCGGGAACUGCCUGUUCGCGCGGCCGGGGGGCGCGGCCGGGGGGGUCCUGGUGCACCGGAGCCCCGAGGAGUUCCCGGACAGCCUCCAGACCUUCCAGAAGGUUCCGGGGGUGACGCUGGUGCCGGCGGCGCUGAGCGAAGCCGCCAAAGUGGGGGCGGCCCUGAGCUCCUGCUGCCUCCUGCUGCACCGCCGCCCCCAGCCCUAGCGCGCCCCGCCCGCCCCGCAGCCCCGCCCCGCAGCCCCCGCCCACACCGCAGCCCCGCCCCG